AUGUCUCUUGAGAAUUCUCCUACUUUCGUGACCUCAGACGAUGAAAAUGAGUCUUCAUUAGGAUCCCAGAAACGAAAGGCUGGUAAUAACCCUGAUGAGCAAAAAUCACUGGAUCUUCAGCCUAAAAAACGCUUUCGUUCGGGAAAGGGCAGUGGAAUAAAUCUUGUUUCCUACGCUCUAGACAAUGAUGACGGUGACAGUGGUUCAGAAAGUGAAAGCUCGGAAUUGAACCGCGGUGGCUCUUCUGCUGAUAGCUACUCCAAUAACAACGACAGCAGCGUCAUUAGUGGUGCCUUCCAUUUUGUUGCUUCUGAUGGCGGUCCGCUGACCGUUCUCAGUUCGGCUCAUAUAGAGGCUGCGCACGAUUCUCCGUCGACACUACUCGAGGAACUUCACGGUGGUUCAGAGGACCUCCCCCAGAAGGACCAGUCAUCGCACCACUCCUCGCCUUCAAAUGUCAGCGGGCACAAUCAAUCAAUGGAAGUAUCCCUCCCGCCGGAACCUAAGGAACUAUGUAGUAUGCAGUUGCAGAACACUGUGGAAAACACUUUGCGUCGAAUGCAGCAUGAUAUCGGAUUUGAUCCUAAUAGCGUUAUCCAGGAUAAUAAGGCCUUCAGGAAUCCCAGCAUCUACAAAAAGCUGAUCAGUUUUUUGGACAUAGACGAAAAAGGGACAAACUUUUCUUCGGAUGUCUUCAACCCUUACCGUUGGGACGCGAACUCUUUUUACGAUAAACUGGCCGAGAUACAAAAUCGUGAAGUUGAGCGCCUAGACAAGCUACAAAAGGAGCGCCGAAAGGCAGAAACCAGUAGUGCAGUGGCCGUUAACACAGUUUCAGGGCUGCAACGCGCUGCCAAUGGGACUAACAUUGCCGCAACUUCUGCAACCGCUACUCACGCUACAGGACUCACUGCCGUCGAAAAACGAUCCGAGGUAAGGAAGAGGUCUAAAUGGGACACAGUCGCCCCAGCAGAACCCUCGCAGACCUCACUCAAGGUCGCGGCACCCCAAGUGGUAGACCCAAUUGCAACUAAAGUCACAAUUCCAGCCAUUGGGGAUCUUUUUCAUAAAAAAUAG